AUGAGCUCCUCGCUCAAGCGGCCAGUGCAGGCAGCUCCCCAAGCUUUGGGGACGAGCGCGGAGCCUCUGCAAUCCAAGCCCAAGCUAUACGAUGUCUCCAGCGUGCGCGUGGCCGAUCGUCUAAGUAUGAUAACGUUGCCUCGAGCCGUGAUGGCGUUGGUGCUUUCAUUCGCGGUCAAGAAUGUAUCGGAGGCCAAGGUGCUGCCCACGAAGCGCCGAGGUUGGAGACGACUCACGAGACCUGAUAAGACGCCACUGGCCACAAUAGCCGAGUGGCGGUUGGUCUGUCACUAUUGGCGCGAUCUCCUGGGUGAAAUUCUGGCCCAGUACCAGCAACGCACCAUCAAGCUCAAUCUCUCGCACAAGUCAGCGGAACAGCAGGCAACAAUGCUUAAAGGUGUGGUCAUUGCAGGACCAAGAGUGAUAGAGUUGCGGGUGGCUCUGUUCGGACACACUUCAAAAAAUGUUGGCACAGAGAUGACGCAGGUGGUGGAUUGGCAGGCGCUGCUCAGUUCAUGCCCGAAUUUACAGCGGCUCGACGUGUCCAAGAUGGCGUAUCUUACUCGACGGGAUCUGGCGAAAGUUCUGGAUGCAGCUUCACAGUAUUGCUUAAAGAUGAAAGCAGUGGUGUUGCCGUUACCGAUGCGGUGGAGUAAGCGCACUCCGAAGAAUUAUCGCAACGAUAUCGAUGAUGUGGCUCUGAUUAAGCAUCUUUCUGCAGCAUUAGAGCGUUGGUUCGUUCGCGGUCCUUGCGGUGGACUUCGACAGCUUGUGAUCCCGCACAUUCCAGCUCUGUCGAACCAGUUCUUAACUGCAGUCACUCGAUUCUGUCCAAACGUGGAGAUUCUGGACGGCUGGAAGCUCACGUACGUAAACGAUGGGUGGGGCGCUGCGCUCUGCGACGAAGAGUGGCGUGUAUCAUUGGAUAUCUGGGAGAAGUUCUGCAAUCAAUGCUCACAUCUACGUGAGUUUAAUUGGGCUGUGGUACCAUUCACCGACGCAUUCUUCGAACCUUUCGGAGCCACACAGAAAUGCCGUCUGACAGACAUCUCGUUUGAUUUUACUGGCGCGUUUUUAAGGAGAAAACGAGCUACAAGUGCCAGCUCGGUACUUGCAACGACUAUCGGCUUCAUGACGAGAGCGGAGCAAUUGAUCCGGGCGUGGUCGUUGCAAGCCGCAGCUGCAGCAGACUUGGCGAGUGAAGCAGAGAUCUCGACGCUGGACAAUGCCUCGCGUCCCUAUUCAUCAGCUGGUCUAUGCGCUCUUGUCCGGGGGCUACCGUUCCUGCGCUCUUUCAAGGUCUUUCUCCAUCCUCGCUAUCGUAUUGAUCUCGAUGUCUUUGACGAUGAUUUCUUAUGGCAGUUGUCGAAGGCAUCGCCAUAUCUUGGGCAGUUUAGCUUCUCAGAGGCGGGGAAAUAUGCUGGCCCGCAAGCUCUCGAGUGUGUCAGUGGUGAAGGCUUGUUGUCGCUUGCAAGCAUGACGCAUCUCUCGGAUAUUUCGAUCGCUGCCUUAACGAGGACGUCGGGCGAUGGCGUGUACCCAUUCAUUCAGCGCAUGCCGUCGAUCAUCCACCAACGCAAUGUCAAAAUUGGUGUGAUGCAGGAUUUUGACAAAAUUAUUCUGCCAUUAUUGGAGCUUGUGGCACAUGAACCUGCUGGCACUUUUACGAACAAGGCGUUUGCUUUGAUGCUCGUGAACGUCGGUCAUCUGCGUGACUUCACGCAGAAAUUGUGGCAUCCCCAAGUGUGGGAAGACAAGCUUCGAAAUAUUCGACACAAACUCGAAUCCAACCACCCGACAGUGCGUUUCCAGUUGACAUUGGAACAGGAAAAGCCUAGUCCGGGUACAAUCAACGCUGCAGAAAGCGGCGACAACUUCUCCAUUGCGAAAUUCUCGGUCUUCACCGCUAACUGGAAAUAUCAGGACGUGACUGAGGGCACUUUCUAUCGCGGAGAUAUCACCAGCUCGACUCCGUUCGAGUGGAUCGUCAAAUGCUGACAACAAAACGAGUAUACAUGUGAGUAAGGACCAAAUAGAAAACCAAAUAAAGCUU